UGUUGACGCCAAGUUUACUUGAGGGCCUGAAUCUCUUCACAAGCGACAUUGCGAAGCAUAUCCAGGAGCUUGCGGCGCAUCCGCCACCGUGCCAGCGAAGCACUCAAUGUGGCGAACCUUCGAGCACUGCUCGGAAGGCCGUCAUGUGUGCCACUGCGCGUCUCCACUUGUUGAGGAACUCUCAUGAGCUGAAGCUCAGGCUCCAGCGCCCUGUACAAAGCACACGCCGGAUCGGUGCGUCUCGGGAGCUGUCGGGUGCCUCUUGCGGCAGUGCUGGGCCAUGUUCGCGGCCGUGGUGGCGGUCCUCCCCUACUCGGGCUCCGACAGGAUUCUCGUCCGGGCUCCUGCCACGCCUAAACGUACCAGGGGGGCAGGGUGGCGGAUCAAAAGCACCGCCGCGGCGGAUGCUGAGCUAUGGGAAGAUGAAGACUUCUUGAAGUUUAACAAUGUGUCAAGCAGCAGCGCAUUCUGUUUCACUGUGCUGAACGACACCAAUUCUGCAGAACAAGAUGGAGAUGAAGAGAUCUUUCAACUGUCAGAAGCGACUUUUUCCGGCAACAAGACGGGGAUUGUAACUUCCAAGAGCGGCCAUAAGGUGGGGCACUGGUGCUGCCAAGGGCACCUGCCCAAUCGGAGCCAGCUAGCCUCGACAAAUUGCUACCAGACAAACAAGCAAGGGGCGCUGGAACAGGUCCGUGUGGGUGAAGGCCUCCUCCAAACGGCCGUCGGCGCAGACGGCUCAGUCGUUGCCAGUUCAGUCAAGAAGCAUGGUCGCUCAGGCCUGAUGCGUUCCGACAAGACCGCGGCACAGGGCGAUGACAUGAUAAAGGACCCGAGGAUAUUCCCGACCCAGAUCUUCAUGGCUUCGUUGCGCGACGGUGUGGACAGUGACUCGCUUGCGUUAGCGGUGGAGCAAGUCGCUCACCUUGCUCGGGCAACCAGCGGGCUCAUUGUAGUCGACCAGCGACUGUUCGCCAGAUUGAUGAAGGAAUUGGGAAGCCACCCGUCGCGAUUCAGAGUGAUUGAAAAGUGGUUGGUGUUUGCGUUCUGGGUCGGUGUUUACGCGUUCCGGAUACUUGGUUCCGUGGCGCUCGGCUACGGCAUCGAGCAAGCUUUCAAGCACCGGUGAUCUAACGCUGACUACGCCUUGACCUUUCUCAUUGCAUGGUUCCCUUUGCGCAGGAAAAAUACAAUGGCUGUGGGUGCCGCAAUUCUGGGGAUCCUCUUCGGUGGAUUUCCAUAUGGGGCAACAGGGGUGUGCCGAGAUGGGCGGGGGGGCGCCUGUGAACCCUGCCACUGGGGCCUUCGGUGGAGCUCCCUAUGGGGCCACGAAGCGUGUGAGGGG